AGGACUAUAGGUUCAAACAUCUCUCACCAUCCCUCUCUCUCUCUCUUCCCCCUCCACCAUUUCCAACUUUCUUUUCCUUUCCAACUUUUCACUGAAAAACUCUCCCUGAAACUGAUAUUGUGUAUAUAAGCCAUCACUCAGAACAAUUUGUCCAUCCUCUUCAAUUGAAGAACUAAAUUAAAUGGCUCCUGAAUAUUUAUCAGAAGAUGAUAUUAUGCAUUAAACUUUGAGCAUCUGAUAUCUUCUGUUCUUCAUUCAACAUGGAGAUCACAAAUUCACAACACCAUUAAGCUGAUCUUGAAGAUUUUGUGGCAGGCCUAAACCACUAAUGAGAUGGAUUUCUUCCCAACAAAUUUCAUGCUACAAACCCCUCACCAUGAUGAUCAUCAUCAACCUCCACCUUCUCUCAACUCAAUUCUACCUCAUGAUUAUCAUGGGGGACCAGCCUUUCUAGGGAAGAGAUCUAUGUCAUUUUCAUCAGGAAUCGAACAUGGAGAAGAAGCCAAUAAUGCUGAGGAAGAUUUAUCUGAUGAUGGAUCUCAAGCAGGUGAGAAGAAGAGGAGGCUUAACAUGGAACAGGUGAAGACUCUUGAGAAGAGCUUUGAGCUGGGAAACAAGCUUGAGCCAGAAAGAAAAAUGCAGCUUGCAAGAGCUCUUGGGUUGCAGCCUAGGCAGAUUGCCAUAUGGUUUCAGAACAGGAGGGCUAGGUGGAAGACCAAGCAGUUGGAGAAAGACUAUGAUCUCCUUAAAAGACAGUAUGAUGCUAUCAAGUCAGAUAAUGAUGCACUUCAAGCUCACAACCAAAAACUUCAAGCAGAGAUAUUGGCACUGAAAAAUAGGGAGCCUACUGAAUCUAUCAACCUUAAUAAAGAAACUGAAGGAUCCUCCAGCAACAGAAGUGAGAACAGCUCAGACAUCAAGUUAGAUAUCUCAAGAACACCAGCAAUUGAUAGUCCACUAUCCACACAUCAUCACAACAGCAGAACACUCUUUCCACCCUCUGCUAGGCCCGCAGGAUCAGUUGCUCAUCAACUCUUCCAAUCUUCUUCAAGGCCUGAUCUUCAAUGCCAGAAGAUGGACCACAUGGUCAAGGAAGAAAGCUUAAGCAACAUGUUUUGUGGCAUGGAUGAUCAAUCUGGGUUUUGGCCAUGGUUGGAGCAGCAACAUUUUAAUUGAAUAAAAAAGGAAGAGUUAAUUAUUUAAAAUUUGAAUGUAGUAGUUUUCUUUCCCUAUGAAACAAGAGGGUAUAUCCAUUAAUUAAUUACCAUAUUUUAUGAGUAUGUUUUGCAAACUUGAUGUAUAAAAUAGGAUAUGUCAAGUAGAUAUUUAUUUUCUGGUGGGGCUUGAAAAUUUUUAUAUGGAUGAAUAAAGGGCUAGUCACUUUUUUUUCUA